AUGGAAAACAAUGGUCGACCCUCGAAUGGGGUCUUGAAGCGAACACCGGCUGUCAGCGUCAGUCAACUUCCCGGCUCGCUGCCAAAGUCCCCAAUUCAAGCGGGCGUGGACUGCGAAGAAAUAGCUCGAUCCCACCUCCUAAAAUUACUCUCACUCUCGCCUGAAGAUCUCACAGAGUCAGCAGUGUGGAGAGACUUGCUGGCGUUGACUGGAACAUUCCGUACAUUCCACGGCGUAAAAAAUGUUGCUGAAGCAUGGACCAACACCUUUGGUCGUCAGAGUCCGUCUGAUUUGAAGUUGGUGCCGAACACAGCGAAGCUUUUAUCAGUGCUCGAUGUAUCGUCCUGGGUUGAUGCUCAAUUCACUUUCCAAACCUCAGGAGAUGGGCCUCCGCUGUCCUGCUCUGGAUAUAUCUCUCUUGUCCCAAACGACCAUGGACAGUGGAAAAUCUGGAUGAUCCGAACAAUCCUAGAUGAGGUCGCGGAUUACGGAAACGUCGAUGUUCUGGACCCAGAAAUCCCAUCGAGAGCCAUUCAAGACUCUGCUUAUGGCAAUCGAGAGAGGAGAGAUGGCCACAGCGACGGACAAGCCCAACAUUUUGAUGUCAUCGUGGUUGGCGGGGGUCAAGCUGGGCUUGGAGUCGGUGGACGUCUGCAGGCUUUGGGUGUCUCUUACCUGGUGGUUGACAAGUUCGGCACCGUUGGGGACAGACACUUGCCACUAUACCGGACCUACGACAGCUCAUACCCAGAGUUUCUGACAAAGGAGCAUAUCGCCCGAGGCCACAAGGAGUAUGUCAAGAGAUUCGGAAUUAAUGUUUGGCAAUCAACCGAGUUCGUGUCGAGUUCUUGGUCACCGGAACACAAGAUGUGGACCUGCAGCUUGAAUAGAGGCGGCGAAGAAGUCACCCUGACGACCUUCCAUCUAGAACAAUUCAAAGGAAUCGUUUUGCAUUCUUCCGAAUACCGUCACUCGAAUGAAUGGAAGGGCCUCCGUGGAGUUGUGGUGGGCUCAGCAAAUACCGCGCACGAUGUCGCGGACGACAUGUUGACUGCAGGACUUGCAUCGAUAACCAUGGUCCAGAGGGGCCGGGUGCUUCCUGCCGAGCACUACAUGGAAGUAACAAAAGCAUACUAUAACGCCGAAAUACCCACCGAGAGAGCUGACCGGGAGAAUUUUUCUUUCCCUGCCUCCAUUCGUCGCCAGAUCAUCAUGGCCUAUCUACACAGCAUGGCCCGGAACGAUAGCGAGCGGUUCGAUGCUUUGCAGAACGCCGGGUUCAACGUCGAGAGAUACGGAGACCUGAUGCACGUCCUGUUCGAGCGUCUGGGGGGCCACUACAUGGACGUGGGCACUUCUGCCAAAAUCAGCAGUGGACUGAUCAAAGUAAAGUCUGGAAGUGUGCCCACCCACUACACCCCCGACGGGCUUGCAUUCGACGACGGCACCGAGCUCAAGGCCGAUGUCGUCGUCUUCACGACAGGCUUCGUUCAGAACAUGCGCCAGAUAGCAGGCGAGAUAGUGGGACCACAGGUUGCCGAUCAGCUCGAUGAUUUCUGGGGAUUGGACGCAGAGGGAGAGCUCAGGGGAGCAUUCAAACCUGCCGGGCAUCCGGGGGUGUGGUUCACUGGGGGCGACAUCGGCAUUGCAAGGUAUUAUGGUCGUUUCAUUGCACUGCAGAUCAAGGCAGAGUUGAUGGGGACGCCUUUGAAGGUGUACAAUUCCUGA